UCCACCCGCCGCCCCCUAGCCUCUGUCCGUUCUUGUGUUUGACUCUGAUGUCCCCAGCAUUGUUAUUUCCCCGUCUCUGCUUCGGUGCUGCCGAUGUGUGGGGAAAUGCCCUCUCGUCGUCCUCUGUCCCCCACGCCCAGUCCUCGGGGAGGCCCGGAAUUUCGGCCCCCCAUCUCGGUGGGGCAUGUUCUUGGGAAUCAGAUCUUCCUCAGCAGAACCUGGGAGAUUCUGUCCGUCCGCUUGGGCCCCUGGUCCCCUCCUUCCCGACGGGGUUUCGUUGGAAGGAAUUAUGCAAAUCCUGCUUUCUGGUGUCCAUUCAGCGGCAAUUUCAUGCGGAUUUGAAAGUAUUCUUGAAGGGCUGUUUGGACCUGCGUUAUUAAAAGAUCUCAGUUUAUUUAAAGAGUGUGAAGCUGAAAGCAUUUCUGAUUGGGCUUUUGAUGAAAAUUGUCUGUUCUGUUGGUUGAGAAGAGAUAAAGUAAAGGGACACUUAGUCGGUCUGGAUGAGCCAGCUUCCGGAGCUGGGCAAGAAGCUUUGCUUAAACAAGAGCACGCAAAAGUCACUCGACUCCAGAGACAAGCAGAAGAGUUCCUCAAUGCAGUCUUUUAUAGAAAAGACAGUCCCUGGGUCUCCGGCCCCAAUAUUCCCCUAGUGGCCCGUGAGAUCAUGCAGCGAAUGAUCCAACAAUUUGCUGCUGAAUAUACCUCAAAAAAUAGCUCUACUCAGGACCCCAGCCAGCCCAAUAGCACAAAGAACCAAAGCCUGCCGAAAGCAUCUCCAGUCUCCACCUCUCCCACGGCUGCAACUACUCAGAACCCCGUGCUCAGCAAACUUCUCAUGGCUGACCAAGACUCACCUCUGGACCUUACUGUCAGAAAGUCUCAGUCAGAACCUAGCGAACAAGACGGUGUGCUUGAUUUAUCUACUAAGAAAAGUCCAUGUGCUAGCAGCACUUCCCUGAGCCAUUCUUCAGGCUGCUCCAGUACUCAAGGGAACGGUGAGAAUUCAGCAGAGGCAUCAACAAUAGAUUCUAACCAUCCAUCAAAGCCCCCACUGGAGAAGUUUAUGGUCAAACUGUGCACGCAUCAUCAGAAGCAAUUCAUUCGCGUCCUGAGUGACCUAUACACCGAAUCUCAGCCAGGCACUGAGGCCCUGCAGCCUUUAGAUCCCACAGUGAUGGAUGUCUCCACUUGCAAUGCAGCUUGUGCCCAGCUGAGCAGCAGACAAGAUGAAAAGGGUGAUGUGUGUCUCGAUGGGAAGUCUCCUGCUUCUGUAAAGCUGUUCCUAGACUCCUCGGGUUCCCCUAGCUCUCUGAGUGUGACUGAACAAGAUGUGAAGGAGCCACCUCCCGAGACAGACUCUGUAGAUGGAAGAGAGAAUGCCUUGACCAUUGUCCAGAAAGAUUCCUCUGAACUUCCAGACAUUCAACCUGACUCCAGAAGAUCAGCAGACAGUCCCACUGUGGAAUGCCUCACUACAUUGGAUUCUUCCUCUUUUAACUCCCUCCACAGUUCCAAAAGCUUAGAGGGGCAAACCACUGGACAGGAACAAGACAUGAGCGUGAAACCCUGUGAGGAUGGUGAAGACCAUGCCCCAGCCUCAGUCGAAAGUCUGACUGCAGUGGAUGUGGCAGCUGAGAAUACUGAAGAGGGUGGUGGCUGUAUUGUUUCUCAAAGAAACUCAUUCAAAGCUUUAUCAGAAGAGAAAUGGGACUCGGGGUUUAUGGGAAACUCAUCUAGAACUGCAGACAAAGAGAAUACUUUACAGUGUAGCUCAAAAACAUCCUUACACCAGGAUUUAGAGGCAGAUGAACAAGAUGCAAGGCCAAAGCAAGAGAACCAUCUUCAUUCACUAGGUAGAAACAAGGUGGGUUACCAGACAUACCCCAGUGACAAGGGCCAUUUUGAUCAUUCCAAAGGUGAUUGGUUAGCUCCCAGCCCCACACCAGCUGUACACAGAGCAUCCAAUGGUCACUCUCGAACCAAGAUGAUAGCAGCCUCUAUCAAGACUGCUCGGAAGAGUAAGAGGGCAUCAGGCUUGAGGAUAAAUGAUUAUGACAACCAGUGUGAUGUUGUUUAUAUCAGUCAACCAAUAACAGAAUGCCACUUUGAAAAUCAAAGAUCCAUAUUGUCUUCUCGGAAAACAGCCCGAAAGAGUACCCGGGGAUACUUUUUUAAUGGUGAUUGUUGUGAAUUGCCAACUGUUCGCACACUGGCCAGAAAUUUACGCUCCCAAGAAAAGGGAAGCUGUUCACCGAUAGCACCAGAGAUAGUGGCGACUCCCAAGCAGACUCUUACAGUUCCCACCUCAAAGCAUAUAGUAGGUAUGCAGCUUCCCAUAGAUGUGCAGCUUCCCACAGUAGGUGCGCAGCUUCCCACAGAUGUGCAGCUUCCCACAGUUGAUGUACAGCUUUCCACAGUAGGUGUGCAGCUUCCCACAGAUGUGCAGCAUCCAACAGAUGUGCAGCUUCCCACGGUAGGUGUGCAACUUCUGGAGGAAGAUAGCCCUGACGAUCUUAGGAAGGAAAGAACCUCCCUUGAGGAAGGAGGCAAACACACGUCAUCAGCAAAAGAGUAUCAGGAACCAGAGGUUUGCCUUACUGUGGAUGAACAGGACCCUAGCAGCUCCCCUACUCCAGGAGAGACCACAGCCUGUAGCCCAGCGUGUCUUCUGCCUGCACACCUCCCUGAUGAGGAUAUGCCUAAUGUCCCAGAAGGCGACACUGUAGUCUCACCUCCAACAGCAAGUGUACUAUCUUUCCUUGAGCAAGACCAGCCAGCAGCUUCUCUUCUGGAGUCAGAGGAAAUGCAUACACUCCAGGAGUGUCACCUGGCUUCCACAACCAGAAGCACCCCCUCCAUCUCUGGGGAAGAUGGUGAAGACCAGCUAUGUAGACCUCAGUGUUCUCCUGAAACAGACAUCAGAGAAGAACAUUCUCUGUGCUCAGAAAAUGAAAUUCCUACUGUGGGUUUCGAUCCUCCCCUGAGUCUAGAACUGUCUGAGCAUGACCAAAGCAUCAGUAAUGAGGCGGAGACUGGAGAUAUCCCUGGGGAGACGCUGUUGCUAAAAGCCGCCCUGCCCCUACUGGAAAGCAGCAUUGUCAGUGGUGAGAACCCGGGUGAGACCGAGGAAGGUGAGGCAACCAGUGGGACUGGACAGCUGGAGAUGCAUAACAGUGAUAGAAAACAUUCACCAGAACAUGAUCUGAGUGAGGCCAGCUUUGACUCACCCGAAGAGAACGUGGACAAGAAGAAAAAGGGCAAAAAGCUCCCUGAGACCUCUGAUAGGUGCCUAAGAAGUCAACUUGUAGAUUCAUCCUCUGUUGACAGGUACCCAGGAAGCCAAGGUUUAGAUUCAUCCACUGCUUGUUCUGAAAUGGAGGUUUCUAAAAAUCCUACUGUAAAGCGUUCUAAAAGAGAAGGGCACUCUGGUAGGGCAAGCCCCGAGGGCUCAGUGAUUGACAGCAUCCAUACAGAUGAUCUGGAGGACACCGAAAACCCUAGUGUUGGUGAACGUCCCUCUGAUGAAGAAGAUAUCAAGCAGGAGGGUGAAGGAGUUGGAGUCAUCACAAGGCAGACUUUUAAAAGCAUGCUGGCAAAGGAAGUUAAAAGAGAACAAAGGGAGACUUCCCCAAGCAGUGACCCCACCACAGUUGGCCAGCCACUGCCUGGGGAGAACCUGGAAAUUAAUGUCUGGUCCAAAAUAGAUGAGAGAGAUGCACAUGUGCCCUCAGAAAGCAUUCCUUGUAAGAGGGACUGGGAGCAGGUAAAAGAGAAGCCGGGAUACAUUGCCACACAGGAUGUGGAAGCCUUUGUGAGUGAGGUAGACAUUGAGGAUGUCCACUCUAAAGAUGAUGCUGGCCUUGCUCCGUCUAGCUUAGCUGGGAUAUCAGCCAGUCAGAAUGGUGAUCCUGCUGGGCCACCAAAAUUGGUAACAAGGCCUAAGAGAUUGCCUUCGUCAACUUACAACCUGAGACAUGCUCAUUGUGUGGAUGCCUUGGACACUACAAAAGUGACUUCUGAAAAGCAAGUCACACAAGUCAACCCAGCACCAAAGGAAAAUGAAGCUUCUGAGAGUGUGGAGCCCUUGGAUGAGGAUGAUACAGACACAGUGGUGGAAGAACAGCCCAAGUUCGUGGGAUGGUGUGCAGAGGAGGAGAACCAGGAGCUGAUCGCCAACUUCAAUGCCCAGUACCUGAAAGUUCAGAAGGGCUGGAUCCAGGUGGAGAAAGAAGUACAGCCAACAGCAAGAGCAAAGAGCAAGUCCGACAAGCUGAAGGAGAUCUGGAAGAGCAAGAAGAGGUCCCGAAAGUGCAGGGGUUCAUUGGAGGUGCAGAGGUUCUCUCCUGUUCAGAUGCUGUUUAUGACAAACUUUAAACUGUCUAACAUCUGUAAGUGGUUCUUAGAGACCACAGAAACUCGCUCUCUGGUCAUUGUGAAGAAACUAAAUACUCGUCUUCCAGGAGACAUCCCCCUUGUUAAACACCCUCUUCAGAAGUACCCUCCUUCCACCUUGUACCCCAGUUCACUACAGGCAGAACGUUUGAAAAAACACUUAAAGAAGUUUCCUGGAGCCAUGCCUGCUAGGAAUAAUUGGAAAACACAGAAGCUGUGGGCAAAACUACGAGAGAAUCCCGGCCAGGUAGAGCCAGAGGCUGCCAGUGACAUCAGCUUCGGCCCUAACAGUGAAGACAUUGUAGAGGAAGUCGGGCAAGGUAGAAAUAGCCAUCCUCCCGCCAACUUGCCUACUCCAGCCAGCACCCGGAUCCUUAGAAAGUAUUCCAAUAUUCGAGGAAAGCUCAGAGCCCAGCGCCUGGACAGCUCACUGGGUGGGGCUUCUGAAAUUAAGCAGGGCCGAAAGAGCGUGUGCAUCAACCCGCUGAUGUCCCCCAGACUGGCCCUCCGGGUGGGUGCAGAUGGCUUUCCUGUCACCCCCAAGAGGGCUGAAGGACGCAAGAGGAGAAGAGGGAAGCAGAUGCCUGAAACCUUGCUUAAAGUGGAAGGUCAGAACAAGCGCAAAAGAGCAGAAGGCUCCGGAACUCAGGAUGAUAAGGACAAGGGGCCAACAACAAAAGCCAGCAGAGGCCUUUCUGCGAAGAAGCUAGCUGCAAAGGACAGAGUCAGCCAACUAUCCAAGAAGAUGACCUUGAAAGAGAAUAAAGUGAGAAUCUGUAAAAAGGCUCCUGGGAAGAGCUGCCCACCAUCCAGGAAAGAAAAAGAGAAUGCAAACAAAAGGCCUAGCCAUCCUGCUGCAGCCUCUGAAGUGCUGACAAAGCCUGCCAAGCAAAGGGGGGCAGGAGAUGCCUCUGCAAAGCCCCCCAAAGCCAGAGGGAGAAAUAGGAAGCUGAGCAGUGGUAGGGGCCGAGCUAGACCCUUGACAAAAAGCCCAGAGAACCAGGCUGCCCAGAGAAAGAGAAAGCUCAAGGCCAAACUGGACUCUUCCCAGAGCAAACGUCGACGGUUAGAUUCCAAGUGAGAGCUGGAUGGCCCCAAGAGAGGCUGGCCUCUACAAGGAACCUUUUAUCUUGCAUUAACAAAAUCUGCUUUUAUAAGCUUGUCAAGCCUUUCACAUUGCAGUUACAGAGAACACCAGUUUGAGAUGUCAGAAAAUGCAUCUCAGCCAGAGACGGGAACUUGAAGAGAGUCCUUCUCCAUGCCUAAGGGAAGUUGUACAUUGUAUUCUGGUUGUUCUUUGGGUUUUAAACUUGGAAACAAGCAGUUUUGUUUUAAGAAGUACAGUGCCUUAUUUAUCAUUUUUGUUUAAAAUUUGACAAAAGCUGAGAAGCUGAUGUAUGUGACUAAAGGCUUGUAUUUUAUACUUGACGCACAAGCACUUGCUCUGUCACUGAGGAGGCCACCGCUGCACAUGCGUGAGCGAGUGAGGAGCUGGCAGCAGCUGCCUGGGCGCCCCUGGACAGGUGCACCUUGCAGACCGCAGCACAAAUCCCCUUUCCGUCUUGUUUGGUUUUUAUUUGAGUGAUAUUUGAAAGCUGAACCAAAUCAUUUCUGUGGUAUGUGGAGAAUGCAGGGGAUUUAUAAUUAUAAAAGAUUAAUGUUUCUGUUUCCUUCUAAAACUCAUUGUUUAGUCACCCCUUCAUCUUUUUUUUUUUUUAAUCAUUUCAGAUCAUGUUCUCUAAUUUGUGUGCCCAUGGGACAAAAGAUGUGCUAGAGACGCCCCCCCCCCCCCAAACUAUGUUACUACUAACACUUGUCAUCCUCCAGUUUGGGACCUUGCGAGCAUAGUAGUACUACUCGGUGAGGUGUGUGUUCUGUUUUGUUGCAGCUUUUUGUGUAUGUUUUCAUCUUGUAGCUGUCAUUUGACCCUUUGGAUGAGUGAUUCUUUGUUUCCAUUCUUAGGCAGAGUACUUCCCUGUGCAGUGAAAGUCAGCAUGUUCUUUCCAGCAGUAGGAAAGCUUAGCCUUGUGCAUGUGCAUCUAGGUGUGUCUGCAUUUAGUUGCUGUCCACCAGUGUCUCCUGGUGCUGGUUUCACAGGGAAAUUCUUUCUUCCCCAUGCAGUGUAUCUGUAAGCUGAGAAGUUAGCAAUGGCUAGAUUGUUUGCAAGUAAUCCAGUAUCUCCAUGCACACUUGCACAUCUGACUUGGAAAGCAGUGGCCUUGAAAGACUAGGACACCCAGGCAGCUGCAAGAAGCUGCCCAGAAUCUCAGUGGAGCCACACCCCCAUCCCCAGCUCUGAUGUGACUGUUCGUGCCUGGAGCAGGCGUCCAUCUGUCUGGAGCAGGCAUCUGUGCCCAUUGAUAGUGCCAGCCUCGUGGCUAGAUGCUUACAGUAUUGCUCCUCCCACACCGCUCAUUGUCCCGUGGCUCAAAAAGAGAACUGCAGUAAUUGAAAGUGGUGAUUGCCUUUCCUGGGUGGAGCCUCACACAGCCCCAUUGGCUUCACUCAGUGCCUGGGACAUUGCUCCAUUGUCACGUGUGCACUUGACAUUUCCAUUGGGCCAGUCAGCAAACCACUUGGUUGCUAAAGCCUCUGUCGGCUUUGACGUGUCCUGUCACCAAAAUAGACUUGCGUGGACAGCUGCUGCCCUGUUCUUAUUAAAAGUUUCUACGUAGGUUGUUUCAGAUCUUUUUAGAUCAACCCAGAUGGACUUCUUUUAUAUGCAAAUCAUGAUAAAACAGGCCUUCUACCUAUUUUGCUAUUGUUAAAGGUUUGCUGCAGAUAAUGGAAACUUCUGAUAAUUGGGUAGGACUAGAGCAUUUGAUUUAUGAGAAAUUGAGAAUUGUGUUGAAUUUCACAGAUAAUGAAAGUUGUCGUUUCCUUGUUUUUAAAUGUUCCCUCUGUCCCAUGAGCAUUCAUGGGCUUUCCCCUCACUGCCUCCUCCCCGGCCCUUACUUUCCCCACUCUCCAUUAUUCUUUUUAUUAUUAUCUUUGACCUUGACCAUUCACAAGCUACCUAUUGUAAUGAGACUGCUGAGUGUGUGCUCGAAACUUUCUCAGCAUUAAGUUGCACAGAAGCAUUAAUAUGUUUUAAGUAGGUUUGUUUUAAUAUUUAAAAAAUGGUUUUAAGGCCUAAAAGAACUUUUCCUACAGUUGUCACUGGAUAUUGUUGUUGUAGUGACUUAAACAGCCAAGGCUUACUAAUGUGAGGUGUGGCGGUGCCUGUACAUGUGAGGCGCCCUUGGCUUGUUUAGGUUAGAGGUGCUUGGGUUAGGUUAGAGGGAGGAAUGAGUGGUAAGUUGGUGGGACACCUCCUGUUCCAAGUUUAUACUUCAUUCCAUUACUUUUCUGAUUGUGUUUUCAAUUUUAAAAGCAUCUUCAAGAUAGUAGCCUGCAUUUGAGGGAGCUGUGUGGAAGUGUUUGUUAUAUACCCAACAUAACAGUGCCGUAGACAUCCUUAAAAUCAGCUUACACUUGAGAGUAGUGACUACAUUUAUAUAAAUAGACAUUCUGCAAAUUUGGACGUUUAUAAAAGUUUUUUUAAUUGUUUCACAUUUAUUCAACUCAUUUUUGAUGAUCUGGAUAAUUUUGUUAAUAGAAAGAGGGAAAAUAAUCAAAAUUUGGCAAUAGUUCUAGACUUUUCUGCAUCCAUAGCAGACGCUGGGAAACCAUCCCUUCAGCAUCUCCAGGCUUGGCCUUGACUGUUCCCUUUGUUUCCCUUCCUUCUGUAGCCAUUUCCAAAUACGACUUGCCACCAUGUACAGUGCACUCUGCCCCACGGUUGGAUCCUGAGUCUGAAAGGCAUUCAGCUCCUGGCCCUGUGCUCUGUACAGUGGCUGUGCUAAGGCUGGAGCUGGAGUUGAUGCCAGAGGACUGCUGUUCCCUCUGUUCAGGAUCUGGGAGGUGCCCAAGAAGCUAUCUGAGAAGCUCUGUGUAGCUCGCCUAAAGCACAGGCUGCUUUGGGGACCCAUUUUCUGUCCUGUUAGAUUCCCUGGUGUGGGCCUGCUGUCUCACUGGGGUUCAGAGUCUCACCCAGGUACUUUCUCUGUUCUGGAGGCUUCCAGCAUAGGAACGAGUCUAUUGAUCCACAGUUGCUAGUUCCUGGGAUUCACUGGGUUUUGCUGUUUUUAUUUUUGUUGUUGUUUGGUAGUGGUCCGUUUCUUUAUUGAAAAUUUUACACCGUCUUAUUUAAACUACAGUCAAGCUAUGGGGUGUGUGCCUCAUCAUUCUGUAAUGGUUUAGAGAGAAGAGUCAUCCGUUUCCCCCAUGGACCCUCCGUGCAUCACUCAGCCACAGGUGAAUCUCUCACUGUGCACAGAAGUCAUCAGCAAGCAUCACUUCAAGACAGAUGCUGUCAAUCAGGAUUUGGCCUGUUUCCAGCCUUGUGAUGGCUUCUGUAGUGAGGGCACAGCUGUCACUCAUUUAUGGGCAACAUCUCUAUUGAUUAGCAGGCCUAAGAGUCCCAUAGGAAAUGACACCUGCUAUAUGAUGCAAACUGGAGACUUUGUGGUGUUGCCAUCUGAAGUCUGUGCUUGUCAGAAUACCAGAAACAGACUGAAUAACCCAACAAGCUGUCCAUAGCUGGAGAGCCACCUCCAUCCCUCUGGUUUCACCAGUGCAGACCUCCUCUUAGCUCACCUAUGAGCUGUUCCAGACAUGCAAACUGUGGGCCAGCUGCUCAUGUGUAUAAAUAAAGUUUUGUUGUCAUAUAACUAUGCCCAUUUGCUUAUUGAUUGUCCAUGGAGCAGUGGCCAUGAAGUCCACAAAGCCUAAAAUAGUUAAUAUUUACAUCUUUGAAGAAGCCUGCUGACCCCUGCUUGAGAAAAUAAUCCCAUUUGGGAAUAAAUCUUCCCCAUUCCUUCUCUUCUGCCUCACACCCUCUGUCUCCCACGCCCCACCCCCAUCUCAGUUCCAUCUUUUAAACACAUUUCUGUGUUCUCUUGCUGUAAGAGAGGAUUGUCAUUGAGACAGUUUCAAGUAACUCAACUCUAAACAAGCAAUGUGUCUCCCUUUAAGUCCUCCACCCAGCCCUACAGUGAAGCCACCAUAGCCAGUAGACCAGAACCCUGAACAAGCUGCCUUUGGAGUUCGGAAGUCAUGUGGAUUGUCCCGUGUCUCAUCCCGUAGUUUCUAAUCAUAGAACUGACCCUAGCUUCACUUGUUUACUAAAAUAAGCCAAGACUGACUGAUGAGAUUAGCUUCUCUUGGACUUUGAGUUCUCAGCACCACAUUUAGUUGUGGGAAAGAUAACCAGUACUCUGUAAUGUAUUACCAUUGAUCUGUUUUCAGUCACACACUUUCAAAAUAAAUUUACUAAAGACAAGCUAACAAUAGAAUGGUAGUUUUUGAACUGCUAUAGAAAAGAACAAAAAGAAUUAGAACACAUUUAACCUGAGUAUGACUAAGGAGUUAUUGAUUGUAUCUUUACAUCAAAUCGGUCAGCUUCCAGAGUGUUAGUCCUCCCUCUUCCCAAAACUCAAAUAAAAGUUUCUAGUCUGCAUUCCAGAAUGAAGUUUAAAAUUAUGUCAAAUUUAAAAGAUGGGGACAGUGCUGAGAUUUGAACUCCAGGCCUGAUGUAAGCUAGGCAGACAUUCUACCACUGAGCUCUAUCCCUUGCCCAAUUAUUUUGAAUUCUUCCCUGUUGUUUUGUAUUUUCUUAUGACUUACUAUCAAAAUGCUUGGGAUACAAGGUCACAUCUGUGUAUGUAAAGCAGUCCUCAUAUCCAUGCAGCAGGUACUUGUCCCUGUGCUUUGUCCCAAAUCCUUUGCAAUGAAAAGAUACUUUUAAAAACUUAAAAACCAGCAGAACUUGGAAACUUGCCUUUUAAGACAGCUUUCAGAAUAAUUCAACUCUUGAAAAUUCUGAAGAGUCCUAUCACCUAUAAGGGAUGGAUGGUAAGGCAAGCUACUUUGCAGUACCCCAUUAUUCUACACCCAAGUAUGAGCAGUAUGCAGAAGCUGCCCUUAUUCAUGCUUUGGGGGAUGGGGGGAUGAGCCCGUUGCCUCCUCAUGGGAUUGUCCUUUCUCAAGCUCUAGGAUGGUGUCUUUCAGUGUUCUGGACCCAGCCCUUCCUCUGGCAGACAGGCAGCUGCACAGGCAUGUGUGCCGAGGAAGGAGACACUGAAGCUUUCACACCCUGUGGGCUCAUCCUGUCUGACAGGGGUGCAGUUUGUAAACCGCUUAAAAGCAUAGCCUGCCUGCCUGAAGAGCAUCUGGGUGUCCAUGGUAUUAGAAUACACCAGAGGUUGGAUGGAUGGAUUUACACUUUUUGAAUUGGACAAGCAGAGAUAAUAAAACAAUUAACAAACUAUAUGUGGUCCAUACUACCUAAAAUACUUACUGCCUGACCUUUUAGGUCAGUGUACUGAUCUUUGCAAAAGUCACUAUCAAAUUGUGUGAGCAGUUAGGCACCUGGUUUCUUUGUGCAUAUAGGCCAGCAUUGCAACAGUCCUUUUGGGUUUGGGGUAUCUUGCUUGUCUGUCUCAGCACACAGUUGUCUUUGUACAACAUUUCUGAUAGUGCUUCUAAGGAUGAAAGAGAUCGUCUUUGCUCAUUAGAUACUUGCUGACGAAUUGUUGAUAUACUCUAUCUACUAGGGUCUAGUUUAAAGUACAGUCUUGUAAAAAUGCAAUCAUGAUUGUUAUGCAUCACAGUGAACUUGACUGAUAGAGACGUUCCACCAGCAGUGACACACGCUGAUUUUCAGUGACCGUACAGCCUGAAGCAGUGCCUCUCGGAAAGCAUAGGAACUGGUAGUUUCACACCCAUAGCCCUCCAUUUCUCUUCUGUACCUAGGGUAUGUGCAGAUUUAUAAUUCUCAAGUUUGGUCAAUAUCUGUGAAUAUAAGUGGCUGAUCUUUCCGUGUUUGAAAACUGAGUCCAGGCCACGCAUUUUUGUUGGCAUGGCCAGUGUGCCAAAGGCACCUCAUCUGUGCACCAGCAGCUUUAGGCAGAACAAGUCCAGGGCCCUCUCGGUUAGGCCUGAAGCAGCUCCUCCUUUGGGGAGUCAUUCUUGGUACCUUGCCUUUUCUCUUCCCUUCUGCCUGUGCCACUGGCCUCCUUCCGGGUGGCAUCUUCUCUGGGACACUCUCUCCCGUACAGUGCUUCUCCGAAUGCAUACAUGCCACACAAGAAGAAUUUCUCUUCAUUGCUAGAUUCUCACAGUGUUUAGUGGACUGGGUCUAGAUGGCAUUCAGUGAUCACCUUUUACCCACUCCAGUUGGUACCAUGGUGUACAUCUCGUGUUGUGUUGUAGUUAGCUGUAUGUAGUGUUCAGAAGCAUUUGUGGUAAAGCUACUAUAUAAAUAAGAUUUGCAUAAUUUCAUAUAUUUAUACCACAGGUAGGGAUCAUUGCUAGAGCCACUGUAUCUUAGGGUAAUUAAUGUCACUAGUGGCUUCUGCAUUCUUAGUAGUUCUAGGAGACUGUAUUAGUGACUGGUUUUAAAUAUAUAGAGUGCAUAUUUAUACACACCACUGUGGAAUUUAUUUUACUGUGUAAAUAGUGAUAUUUUCCUGUUCAAAUGCUUCUAUACAAAGUAUUUAUUUUAACAAAAUUAGUUAACUGUCAAAAGGGCUUUCCAAAAACUUCUGGCCAUCCGUUCUCCCAGCUCCCAUGCUCCACUCUCAACUCUCAACCCCUAAACAUUACAGUAAAGGCAGGAAACCCUUACUGUAUUUGGGCAAACACAGCGUAGAUCGGGAACCUUAAUGCUGCUUGCUCCCUCUGAUGCUCCAUCCCAGACCAAAGUGAUGUUUGAAGGGAUUUAACUUCGCUCAGCCCAGCAUCAGGGCUUCCCCCAACAGCCCAACUCACACACACACCAUUGGUAUGUUCAACUGUUCACUUCCAGGGCCUGUGCAGGGAUUGACCUUGGUUGUAGUCCCAGGGCAAGCAGACUCAUGCCUAUGCAAUGAGGAGAAACCACUGGUUGCCAUUGUGAGCUUCUGGUCUGGCUUUCGGAAUCCAUGAGAUGCAUCCUUUCACACAUAGAUAGGAGACACACGUUACCUUCUGCACAUUGACAAAACCUGGGGACACCUUGGCUUCCCUCCUCACCCUUCCCAUCAAGCAUCUGUGCAGAUGUGGCCCAUCCCACCCAUCUAUAACCCAUGUUUCUAAAAUGUAUUCAGCUUUAAUUCUCAGGAGUCCUGGUCUGCAAUUCAGAGCACCCUAGAUGUCAUGAAACCAAUGCUUCAUGGUUAUGCAUGGCCCUUUUCCCUGUACCUCAUCCAUGGGCACCCCAUCUGUCACCAUGCCACUCUGCCAGGAUGGCUGGGUUGACCUGCAGCUCCAGGACUCUAGGGUGCUUGGAGACCAGGUAUGAAGGGAUUACUGUCAGCCAUUUGAACUGUCGUUUGCAUAUUUCCUGUGGCCUCCCUUUGUCUUUUCUAAACAAGGAAGGUACUUGAACAGCAAUGCUGGAGAAUGUUUUUCUAAGAUGCUGUUUGUAAGCAAAUCUGAUUUUGAGAUGAAAUGUGAAUGGAUAACUAGGUGCCAGGGAAUUUAGCACUGAACUAGACAGUCAAAACUUUUUUAUCUUUUGCAGAAAGUAGAUUCUGUUGUCAUCUAAAUGUUCACAAGAUGUAAUGCUGUAAAUAGUUUUCUAAAAAUAUUUAUUCCAUGUGCUGUAUGCAGACUCGUGUUCUGAGUGAUGUUGGUUUGCAUUGUAUUGUAGAAGAAUAUAUUUUGAGUGGUGGACUUCUUUCAUGACACAGUUCACUCAUGGAGAAAGAAACAAAACCAGCAGGUUGAGAGCUGUUUGGGGCAUUUGAUCUGUAAUGGACCAUCCAAUCCAAGCUUUAACUGCCCCCUCUUCUCAUCUGGUUGUGUUAUAUAUAUUAUAUAUACAUACAUAUAUAUAUAUAUAUAUAUAUAUAUAUAUAUACAGGUGUACAGUAAAUUGGUCAGUGCCCGGGUCUGCAGAGCAGACUUGCAGGUGUUCUUUCUGAUGUGUUUCCAUAGCAAUACGACUCCAGGUGCUGACCAGUCCUGUUGUCUCAGAGGAUCGGGUUGGGGACAGCUCUUGUGAAGCCUCUUGCCUUUCCUGAGAGGCUACUUUACUUGAAUUAUCACCUCUGUUCCUUCUGCACGCUCCCAUGUCACAGAACUAUAGCAGUGUGGGAACUCUCCCAGCACCAGACACAUCAAAAGUGGACACACCAAUUGAAAGGUUAGCAAUUUUCCAGGAACUUGAAGUUUCCAGAACAGAUGAGACAAAGCUCAUUUGGCCAUAGAGUAAAUGUAAGGAAUUUUUACCUGAGAAACACAUGUGGCCUAUUAUAUCCCCCUGCUCUGUCUGAAUCGCCUUUAGAAGCCAGCCUACAUCCUGCCUUCUGCCUCUAUGCCUCAGCUCAAGAUGUCCAUGGUCCCUAGAGUCUGCUUAGGCUCUUAGUGUGUCCAGCUCUGUUGAGCAGCCUUUCCUUGUGACCGUCCUAAACUUAAUGAAAAGGAAUACCCACACCCAGAUAACCAUUGUUAGAAGUGAUGUAGUUUUUUAGACUUUUGAAAUAUGUCUCUUUUUUUAGUAUAUAUAUAUAUAUAUAUUUCUGAUGGUGUUUGGGAUUUUUCACUAGUGUUUUUUAGAUUGAAGUGGGUGCAUUAAGGUAAACUUUCCGCUGCUGAGCCCAAAAGCGUGCAGAGGAAAGAACUUGCCCUGCAUUGUGUUGUUGGGUAGGUGACUACUUCUGGUAAGGGGUGGGGGGAGGGUCCUGUAGAUGAUAUGGAGGUGAAAUAGAAAUUCUGACCAGACGUUUCCUAAGUCUUGGAUAUUUUGUAAUGAAAAUCCCCACCUUAGUCUCGCUUAAUCUCAAUGUAAGCCUGCUGUUUACCCUCAGGGAACAAGUGGUUUUCACAAUUGAGCUCCUCCAAGGUCCUGGGCCAGUACCUGUGUAUGCUGGUCAUCUUUGUGAUCUCAUGGCAUUAUUUUCCCAUAUGCAUUAUGACAUGAAGAAGUUCAACCCCACCCUGUAUGAAAAGCACAGCCCAGUUCCCUAAUCUAGGCUAGUGUCAAUGCCUUUGAGGGGCCUGGGGGUCCUAGGAGGCCCAUGCAAUUUAACUGAAGCUCAGGUGUGCAUUGGAUUUUGCUUCUAUUAGGCCACAACCCUUCAGAAUGAGUUUAGGGCAGGGGCUGCGGACCCAGCUCCAGUUCAGGGAGCUGAGUCUCCACCGUCCUCAAGUUUUUCCUGGUCCCUCCUGGUGGUGUUGCCUAGGUCAGUGUUGUAGGUGUUUGGAUGUGCUCCUUUCUGCUGUCUUGUAGUCUUAGCUAGUGCUCUGGAUGCCCAAGAGUGGGGCUUCCGGAGGGUCCAGCCCUCCCUGACCCCAGCACCUUCCAAACUAGUGAAGUGAGAAGAGUCUGCCUUUAGCCACCUGGCAGAGCAGCAUGUGCCUCUUGGGCCUGGAUUUCACUGUUAGUGAGUGUAGGAAAAUACUGUGUCUUUAAUGGAUGAAAAUUCAAUGUAUGCUGUGAAUUUGUUGGUUUGAAACAUUGAAAAUUUUUCAUUAGACAAUGUUUACAUACCUCACCUGAAGAACCUUUGAGAGUGUAUAUAUGAAAUUUAAAAAUAUAUUAAGUUGCUUUAAAACAGUAUGUAUAGCUAUAAAAGUUGGAGUUAUUUUAACUUUGAGUAUGUACUAAGUCUCUUAAAUAUGGAAAUCUUGUAGACUUUUUGUGCUUCUGUGUUUUGCUUUUCCUGUUGGACCACAUAGAUUACUGUGUUCUUUUUAUUGAUAAAGGGGCCCACACUGAAAUCCAAGCUUGGAAGGAUUUCCUGUGGUGGUGAAGAUUUCCUGGUUUGGUUUUGAGGUGAUGGGGUAUGGAGCUCGAGGACGAUGUGUUGGAGGGAUUACUCUAAUGUUGACAUCUAUUCUGUGAGCUUUUCAAGGCAUUUAUUUUAUUGCAGCAUAUUAAA